AUGGCUACCCAAAUACCCCCCGACGGCGAUAUUAUGAAGCCAGCUAACGUCGAUGUGAGUCGAUAUCGUUCGAAGGACCCUAUGAUGAAGCUGAAUCACUCAAGGAAUCCCCGCCCACUUCAUCCCGGUAACGUGGGACCCUCAUCGCGGGAUCCCCGUGGUUCGUUUGAUAUCGCGUGUGGGAUGGAUUUUUAUAAUCUUUUUUACGACACCUGGGUGGCUCGGGAUCACCUCGGGGGCAACUUUCUCCCUUACAUGCCGUACUCUGACAAUCCAACGAUGCGGAGUGCGAUCGCCCGCAUCCUAUCGGGGGCCUCCUCCGAAGGCGCGGAAAAGAGCACCGGCGUGUUUGUUAAGUCCUGCUGGAAUGGUCUGGGGGCAAUCCGUGGUCGCCUUUUUCUUCCCCAACGCGGUUUGGGGGUUCUCUCCGAAAAGGCGGCGUCUCCUCCUCGGAUCCCGCCCACAGACUCGGUCUCGGCGACUUCUGAAGUCGAGCUCAACGAACCAAAGGGACCUGAUGAGGCCUCCGCUUUGCGUGCCGCGAAGACGUCUCUUUCCCCUCCCGCAGACGCCCCCUCGGUGGGGGAAAUCGACUCUCUGGCGACGCUGCUGAAUCCACUUUUGACGUUCGCCCCUCAGGCGAAGUCCCCGCUCGAGCAGGACCUCUUCUUUUACACGCCUAGGCGCCUUCUUUGCCGCGUUCUUCGCUGUGAUGGCGGCGAUGCGCAGGGGUUCCCCGCGUAUUCCACCCCGUGGUGGGAGUUCCACCUCAACGCCUAUCUCAAUGAAGGGACGGCCCCUCAAGACCUUCCGCGUGAUAUCGACCAUCCGCUGAUGGCGAGUCGAGAGGAUUCGUUUAUUCCGCCUUUUAGACUCAAAGUCCUGCAGGUGUAUGAGCAUGGGCUAUGCCUAAAGGUGCCUUAUAUCACAGACGCCCUGUCGAGAUCGCCCCUCCUGCAAUCCUUUCGGAUGCCCUCUGGUGUUAUUUUUGAUCGUAUCGGGAAGAGCUAUAGCGAGGCCCCGGGCAGUCGAUAG